UCCGCGCUCCCAGGGUGCCCCGCGGCGGCUGAAUGGGGCAGAGCCAAGAUGGCGGCGAGCGCGGCCCCGGCGGGCGGCGGGUCCCUGUUCGAGUGCCCGAGCUGGGCAGGGAAACCACCACCUGGCUUACAUCUGGAUGUAGUCAAAGGAGACAAACUCAUUGAGAAACUCAUCAUUGAUGAGAAGAAAUACUAUCUCUUUGGGAGAAAUCCUGAUCUGUGUGACUUUACCAUUGACCACCAGUCUUGCUCUCGAGUCCAUGCUGCCUUGGUCUAUCACAAACAUCUCAAGAGGGUUUUCCUCAUAGAUCUGAACAGCACACAUGGCACAUUCUUGGGCCACAUCCGUUUGGAAGCUCACAAGCCCCAGCAGAUCCCCAUCGACUCCACGGUUUCCUUCGGCGCCUCCACGCGCGCCUACACCCUGAGAGAGAAGCCCCAGACUCUGCCCUCAGCAGUGAAGGGGGAUGAGAAGAUGGGGGGUGAGGAUGAGGAGCUCAAGGGUUUGCUGGGGCUGCCAGAGGAGGAGACAGAACUGGACAAUCUGACAGAGUUUAACACAGCCCACAACAAAAGGAUCUCCACACUGACCAUUGAGGAGGGGAACCUGGACAUCCAGAGGCCAAAGCGAAAGCGGAAGAACUCCAGAGUGACGUUCAGUGAUGAUGAUGAGAUCAUCAAUCCAGAGGACGUGGACCCAUCUGUGGGGCGGUUCAGGAACAUGGUACAGACAGCAGUGGUCCCUGUUAAGAAGAAGCGCCUGGAGAACGCGGGCUCGCUGCCCACGGACGAGUCGGCGUCGCGGCGCAUGCAGAGCUUCCCCUACAGCGGGGGGCUCUACGGGGGGCUGCCCCCCACCCACAGCGAGGCCGGCUCGCAGCCCCACAGCGUGCACGGCACCGCGCUCAUCGGGGGGCUGCCCAUGCCCUACCCCAACCUCGCCCCCGAUGUGGACUUGACUCCGGUUGUGCCCUCCACGGUGAACAUGAACCCAGCUCCCAACCCCGCCGUCUUCAACCCCGAAGCUGUGAAUGAACCCAAGAAGAAGAAAUAUGCCAAGGAGGCCUGGCCGGGCAAGAAGCCGACCCCGUCCCUGCUGAUCUGAGCUGGGCUGAGGGAGGGCAGGAGUCACGACUCCAGAAACUUUUCAUGUGCGGUAUCGUCUUUUUAAACUUUCGGUGUCCUAAC